AAAGAUUGCUGAGUCCAGGAGGUUUCUCCUUACACCCUGCAGGGCAAGGUCCCCUGCAGAGCUCUCUAGAGGUGGAGCUGAGAGCCAGUCCCAGACCCCAGGUCCCAAGACUACUGGUUAAACUGAUCAAGAGCCUUCCAACAGGAGAACUGGAAAACGAGCGGGGAGGGAAGGAAAUGUGGGUUGUUUGGAGAGGAGACAGGGUCUGGGGAGCAAUGAGGUCCUGAAACCUCCUCAUUGACUAGGGAAUAGGAGGGAAGGUAGGUCUUCCUGCACCUCCUGGGGGUAGCUCUCCUCCCUCAGCCACUGAGAAUGUCACCUUAGUUUGGCCGCUUUAAAAUAUGAUGCAAGGGAGGAACACAGUAAUUUCCCUCUGUUCUUCCCUGCAGUAGGGUGCCUAGGUCUAGACAGAGGCCUCCAGAGGGCUGGAAUCUCUUUCCUUCCAUUCAAAGGGAGCCAACGCCUUAGGGUUCUCGGCCCCCACCUGGGGUUGGAGGCUCCAGUUUGAGCCACAGGGUAGCAGCCUUGGUCUGAGGUGGGCUGGGUUGGUAGGGGCUGAGCCCUGGGUAAGCACCUCUGCAAAGGGUGGAGAGGUCAUUGAGUGUGAAGCAGAAAUGUCUCAGUAGAAAAAUUCACCUCCCAAAAGGACCCCAGAAUUAAACUCAGUUUCAAGAGGCAUAUUUUUGUCCCUCUCAGACUGAGGGAUUUCGCCAGAGCCUCUUAUGAAGAUCGCAGUUCUCGGCAGCCUGCGCUUCUCAUCCAGGCCUUGGGAUUCCGCUUCGGCGGGCCGGCGCUCCCGAGCCCGCCUACCUCAGGAGUCUUUCUCCAACCCAAGCCCGCAACACUGCGGCCCGCGGAGACCCUGCGAGUUGGGGUAGAGUUGGGAACGAAGCAUGGCCCGAAUGAAGGGAGCCUGCAAGUGAAAAGGCCAGGCCUACCCUCCUCCAACGAAAGGACGAACUGAUCCAAGAGACGGCGGGAGGCAGGAGAAAGCGGAGCUCCGCAUCAGGCAGGCCCGGACAGGCACCCUCCAAAGAGGGUUUCAUUAGGGAUACAAAAUGAAUCUGGCUUUACAGCUGGUGUAGACCAGGCUCCUGCCCCAUCCUGGGCCACCCAGGCCCAGCCGGUGCUGACGGCGAAGACAGAAGGUCGGUUUCUGCCUAAAGCAAACGCUCAGCGAGGCUGGAACAGAGGGGAGUGCUGCGUGGUAGGGGCGAGGGCGCUUGGAGGGGCCUCUGCCUGCAGCGUCUGGGUCCCCAGCCCAGGGCUGCUUCUUUAAAGACAAACAAAGGCGAAGAUGCGGAGGCUCGGAAGCCGGAGAUGGGGAAAUCAGUUGUCAUAAAAGAGAGAUUCAGAGAGGGACACCGCCAGAGUGCGAGGCAGAGAGAAGCCGGGAGAGGAAUUCAAUGCCGUGUGCGCAGCAAUAAAAUAAUAUGACCGCUAUAAAAGUUUAUAGCGUAUAAAUUUCUGAAGGUUAAGAAACUAAACAGCAGCAAAGCAAACAGCGAGGGGAAACUUUCCGGAGCUGAGAGAGCCGCAUUUGGGCCGGGGCUCCCGGCCUGGCGGGGAAUGCGUGGGCCCCGCUCCGGCAGCCUUCACCCUCACCCGCACAGAACACGGGGCUCCGGGCUUCCGGGGCGGGGGGUGGCAGGCGGCAGAGAGGGAGAAGAGAGAAGCCGGGAAAGAACACUUUGUUGUCGCAAAUGCUUCAGAAAUUGCAACUGGGGCUCUUGUCUUUGUUCUUCACACCCCCUCCAGAAUCAGGCGUCGGAAACGAGGAGCCUCCUGCGCGCGCGCGCGCGCGCACACACACACACACACACAGACACACUCAGGUCCGGCGGGGCCAGACGUCUGGGCGCGGGCAGCCUCUUGAUUCUUUUACAGUCUCAUCCUAUCCUCUCAGGCCUCCUCUCCCCCGACAAAAAGCCCAACUGUUUCUCCUCAGAAUUUGAAACAAUCGCGUGGAGUUUGAAAAGUGCUCGGUCCCCCUUUUUACAGGCCAUAAAGGGCGCACCGCUUUGCGGUCUCCGCUAGAAAUUAGGGGCAGGGGUGGGAGGUGUACGUAGAAAGAAAAAAGCUUAGGGCUUCUUUUUUUUCCUCCCCUCUGUUGUGUUUUUUUUCUAUUUUUUAGCUUAUCUACACAAUUUCAUGAACCGUUUCCUGAUUCCGAUGCCCACUCCCUAUCCCUCCCCUUUUACUGCUAGUUAUGAAAGUUUCUCCUGCUGGCCACCUCUGCGGCUGCUCUCCCAGAAAACUGGUGGAGCCGGUGGCUGCGGCGCCUUUUCGCAGAGCAGCCGCUAGAUGGCACCCUUGCUCCAUGUGAAACUCCCUGGAGCGGCAGCUGCGGAUGUCUGCUCCCGGCACCGCGCCUUGGUCGGCCCUGAAUCCAGGAACUGAGUGCUACCAAAAGUCAUGAAUAAUUUGUACCUAAUAAAAAAAAUAGGGCUCGUUAUGGCCUUACCCCCAUUUUAUAGAUUUCAGUUAUAGUAGUGUUCCCCCAUCUCCUCAAAUGGUCAAUUUUCUGAAUUUUCCCCAAGAGGAGGGCUCAGUGAUUCUCACCCAGUUGCUGUGUUCGGUGGGGCAACAAAUGCGUGAAAACGGGGAAUAAUAGUAAUAAUAGGAAUAAUGGGUCCAAAUCCAAAAGGAGAAUUGAUUCGAAACAACGAGAUUUUCCGUGAAAGGAGGCGAAAGGAAUGUCCUUGGAUGCGGGUCAGCAGGUCAGGUGAGGGGGCUAGCCGGCAAAAGAAGGUAGGAUGGAAAGGAAGCUGCCCAUCGGCUGGAGGGAAAAUCACGUAAGCCAGCCCGAGACCCCCCAGUUUGUGUGUGGGGGGGAAUGGAGCCAUAGCUUUUGUGGGGAUUCGGAGAUGCCCAAAGCCGGCAGGGCGGCUUCGCACGGGCGCAGGCUCUGGAGCCUUUGUAUGAGUCCAGGGCUGGGCUGGGCUCGCGCAGGGCGACCUAGGCACGGGGCAGGGGCUCCCCAGGGCAGCAGGGUGCGGGAAGGCUCGGAUGUGGUCUCUGGAUGCUUUGCGCGCUCCCAAAGAACGCGCGUUUUCCCAUGGGCGCGAAGGCGGGCGCGGCGUCAGGACGCAGGAGCUCUGUUCUCCCUGGGUUCCUGGGCUUCCAGGUGAGAGGUGCGGCUUCAGUGCGCCUUGGCCCUGGCCGCAGGCAAACCUGGGGGCGCCGGUCCUUUCCUCAUUGAGCAGCUGGAGGUCUGGACUCCGGGCACUUUCGUUCUGAGACCCGCACCCUGGUUGUCCACAGCCCCUUGCAUUCCAAAUCUCCUGUGUCCUCCCGGCCCCGCCGGAUCCCUGCCUUCCAUCCGACAAACCUGCGCCAGCAAUAGAUACUCCCACCCCCUCAAAAUCACCCCAGCUGCAGCCUCUCCUCUCCCCCACCAGGACUUAGUGCAAGGAGGUAAGCGGAGUUUCUCCUCAACUUGAGUUUCUCUAAUAAAUCUGCGCUCCGCUGGGUGUUUAUAAAUUGUCUCCUCGCUCUUUCGUUUUUUUUUUUUUUCCUAUAAUAGAAACAUUUUCCUUCCAUCAGGAAUUUCUGGCACGGUGUAGAGAUGAUUUAGAACAAGCCAUUGAAUUUGUACCUCGCCGGUGAGUUUUCAAAUAAUGACCAUAAAAUCCUCUGCACUUGAUAAAAAUGUUUGCUUCGGCAACAAUUUAACUCGGCCCUCCGUUGCCUCACGGUCCCCUCAGCCACGAGCUGAAAAUUCAAAGCCCUGGUUCUCUCCACUCCUCCUCUUUUCCUUUAUCUCUCUCCCGCUUCUAGCCCCUCUCUCAUUCUCUAGGUUCACUUUUGAAGAACCAAAUGACCUCACUGGUAAGGUUCCCUUUGGAAAAGUGAUAGUUUCAUUUUUACAAAUGUUGGGGUGUAUGGGGUCCCCAAAAGGUGCCCGUCAAAAAAAACAAACCACUGUUUCCUGAAUAAACAAUGGAUUGAAUAUAUUUGUAAAGCCUCUACUUUUGUUGCUCAAAAUUUUCUUUCUCUCUCUCAUUCCUCUCCCUUGCCAAUCUACUGCUACAGGAGGCUGCUGGUUCUGACCCUCAGACUGGGGCCUUCUAAAGCCUGGCUACCACCAUCGUGAAGCCGGGUAGGCAGGGAACGCAGUGGCCACAGAGUGUGGCACCCAGUCAGCUUGUUCCAGCUUUCGGUGUUCAGACCUCUGGUUCCCAGGUCUGCAGGGAGAGCCAGGUUUAACUACAGGCUCCCCAAGGCGAAAGGAGAGAAAAUGGGAGACUCAGCAAACUUGCUUUAUCUGAAUUCCACACCCAAGUCAGUUUAGGUGGUGACAGUGGCUCAAAAGGUCUUGGGGACACUGAGGACUAAUAGAUGCCCCCCCAACACAUACUCUGCAGGCACUGCCUAGGGCGGCUGAGAGCACAGGACAGCGGACACGAAGGCCAGGUGCCAGGGCCUGAUACCCAACCUUCUUUCCUUUUGAUGCGGUGAUGGGCUCAGUGGUCCCCUCUCACCCUUAGGCACUGCAGAAGGUGUGGGGGUCGGCCUGGGAAGGUUGGGAGCUAUUAAUAAUUGGGCUUGGCUACUGGGUCCCAAGGCCUGGGUGCAAGUGUGGGGUAGCCCAUUGGGGCUUCAUCCCUCUGAUGGCAUCAGGCCCUCUCCCCUCAUGCAAAGUCUGCCCUCAAAAGUGCUGAUGGGCUGAAGGGCCUUCAGGAGACCCCCUUUUCAGCAAGCAGAGAGUGCACAAACCUGCAGAAUCGGCAGUGGCAGCUCCAACUUUGCUCUGUGCUUCAACCACUGCUCAUUAACCAGAAAGUUUCUUCUUCCCUCCCGUUCCCUCCUCAAGAUCUCCCAGAUCCCUGUUUCACAGAAAAUUUUUGCUUAUUUGUUUAAUGAGAGGAAGUUUUGUGACUGGCCAGGGCAGGGCAGAGAGGGCAGGGCAGAGAAGGGACCUUUUGGGGGCUCCAGAGAAGGGGUGGGGGCAGGUGCUUGCCAGGACGGAAGGAGGUGAAAAUCUCAGAAAAGUCACCGUUUGUGCCAAAAAAAAUCCCCAUAAUCAUUCUCAUUUCGGCUUCGUCACCCCCACCGUGCUGCAGUCGGGCGGCGGGGGCGAUCGAAGCUGCAGUUUUAUAGCUGUAGAGGAAAGAACUCGUAAAAUGCUAACAGCUUUUAUGCGCUGCGGCAUAAACAACAACAGACUCCGGCUUUAUUGCGUUUUAUAGUUUGUUAAAGAGUUUACAGCCGUUUUUUGGGGGGCCGGUUAUCCAGCCAAUUCCCUCCACACGAUAGUUAAACCUUUAUCAAUAAUAAGGAAAUUGAUCAUUAAAGCUUUAAAUAUGACUACCUCGUUUGUUUGAAAAUAUGUUUAGGAGAGGAAGCUGUAUGAUUUGAUAACUUGUAUUAAAAUACCAAUUACAUUUAUAGGACCUUUUAAAACUCGGCGCAAUUAAACCGUGUUCUUUUACAUUUUUCCGAAGCGACCCUGACAUUUAGAAAGACUCCAAUUGCCUCGUUAAAAUCGCGAAAUUAACAGCGUGCCUACGCCUGGCGCGUUGUGUAUGUGUGUGUGCGUGUUUUUUUCCGUGACUCCCCCACAUCAGUCUUUGGGGGUGGUCUGCGAAGGUAUUUGAUUUGUUGUGAGGCGAGAGAUAUCUCAUUAAUGUAGGUAGUUAAACAGAUUUAAUCCGUAUUCAUUCUCUCUCACCCCCCUCUCCCUCUCCCCCUCUCUCUCCCCCUCUCCCCCUCUCUCUCCCUGGGUGUUUUUUUCUUCCCCUCCUUUUUUUUUUCCGCUCUCUCCUCACUCCCUGGCGCUCUCUCGCUCUAGCUCUCUCUCUCGCUCGCUCUCUCUCGCUCUCACCCUCGCUCUGCGUUUUGUCCGGGAGGAGUACGAAGAAGCCAAUAGGAUGCGGGGUCUCUAAUGGAUGCAAAUGAUCAUGAAAAGACAGUGCAAAAUAUGAAACAACUCAUUUGCAGGGAAGUAAAUCACCGAAAACUGUUUAUGAACUGGCAUCCCUUCUUCGAAAUGUAAAGCGAGGACCUCUUUAAGUGGCGGUAUAUUUUUGUUUGGGGGGUGGGGGGUGGGGGGAGGGCGAGCGAGCCGCGGCUGCCAUGCAAGCUUAGACUUUUGGAGGCUUCUCUGUCCUUUUCUAUUCCUGGAAACCACAAAAAGUGUGUCGGCUUCGAGAUCUUCUUCGCCUUUUCUUUCUUUUCUUUUUUUCCCUCCUCUCUUUCCCUCUCCUUUCCUGGCGAGAGUGACUAGGAGCCGGCGAAUCCGCGUUUUUUUCUCUCUCUCCCUCCCUUUCCCCCUCCCCACCCCCUCCCCAACAGCCCCCAACUAUAGCCUCCGCCGCCGCCGCCGCCUCAAAAUUCAAUAAAAUGAGCUCUUAUUUCGUCAACUCACUGUUCUCCAAAUACAAAACCGGGGAGUCCCUGCGCCCCAAUUAUUAUGACUGCGGCUUCGCCCAGGACCUGGGCGGCCGACCCACCGUGGUGUACGGUCCCAGCAGCGGCGGCAGCUUCCAGCACCCGUCGCAAAUCCAGGAGUUCUACCACGGGCCGUCGUCGCUGUCCACGGCUCCCUACCAGCAGAACCCGUGCGCCGUGGCGUGCCACGGGGACCCCGGCAAUUUCUACGGCUACGACCCGCUGCAACGCCAGAGCCUAUUCGGUGCGCAGGAUCCAGACCUGGUGCAGUACGCAGACUGCAAGCUUGCCGCCGCCAGCGGCCUGGGCGAGGAGGCCGAGGGCUCCGAGCAGAGCCCGUCGCCCACACAGCUCUUCCCCUGGAUGCGCCCGCAAGCAGCCGCCGGACGCAGGCGAGGCCGACAGACCUACAGCCGCUACCAGACCCUGGAGCUGGAGAAGGAGUUCCUAUUUAAUCCCUAUCUGACUCGCAAGCGGCGAAUCGAGGUAUCGCACGCCCUGGGACUGACAGAGAGACAGGUCAAAAUCUGGUUCCAGAACCGGAGGAUGAAGUGGAAAAAAGAGAACAACAAAGACAAGUUCCCCAGCAGCAAAUGCGAGCAGGAGGAGCUGGAGAAACAGAAGCUGGAGCGGGCCCCAGAGGCGGCGGACGAGGGCGACGCGCAGAAGGGCGACAAGAAGUAGGCUUCAGCUGGGACUGCCAGGGCCGCGGCCGCCCGCACGUCCGCGGGUCCCGGCCGCGCCGCCGCUGCGCGCCCCUGCCCGAGAGAGCUCUGGCCCCGCUAGCGGGGCCAGGAGCCGGGCCUCCCACCGCAGCGUCCCCCGCCGCGCCAGUCCCCGCUAGUGGUAGUAUCUCGUAAUAGCUUCUGUGUGUGAGCUACCGUGGAUCUCCUUCCCUUCUCUUGGGGGCCGGGGGGAAAGAAAAGGAUUUAAGCAAAGACUCCCUCGCCCUGUGAGGGCGAGCGGCAAAGGCCCGGCUGAGCCCCCCAUGCCCCUCCCCACCCCGUGUAAAAAGCCUCCUUGUGCAAUUGUCUUUUUUUUCCUUUGAACGUGCUUCUUUGUAAUGACCAAGGUACCGAUUUCUGCUAAGUUCUCCCAACAACAUGAAACUGCCUAUUCACGCCGUAAUUCUUUCUGUCUCCCUUCUCUCUCUCUCUCUCGCUCGCUCGCUCUCGCUCUCGCUCUCUCUCGCUGCGUCCUCAUUUCCCCUCCCAAGCCUCUCUCCCCUCUGCAACCCCCCAGCUCGCUGGCUUUCUCUCUGGCUUCUCUCUUUUCCUCCUCCACCCACCCCCUUUGGUUUGACAAUUUUGUCUUAAGUGUUUCUCAAAAGAGGUUACUUUAGUUAGCAUGCGCGCUGUGGGCAAUUGUUACAAGUGUUCUUAGGUUUACUGUGAAGAGAAUGUAUUCUGUAUCCGUGAAUUGCUUUAUGGGGGGGAGGGAGGGCUAAUUAUAUAUUUUGUUGUUCCUCUAUACUUUGUUCUGUUGUCUGCGCCUGAAAAGGGCGGAAGAGUUACAAUAAAGUUUACAAGCGAGAA